AUCAAUCAACCACAACCAUUCCUCUACGACAGCAAGAACCAUCCUUACCCUUUCUUCUUCUUUUACAAUUAGCACUACCAAUUGUUGCCGAAGCUAACAAGAAGAUCCAAACCAAAGAAAUAUGGUGAUGCAAAACUCACACUCAAAAAUCACAAGUGAAUUGGAUAUAUGGAGUUCAAUCUUGAACCAAAAGAACAAAGAUGAAGCUUCACAAUCAAAAACUCCUCCUUAUAUUCAUCCACUUGUGAAAAAUUCAAACAAUUAUCUAAGUGCUAAGAGUCUUGAAAUUUGCACCGAGAGCCUUGGAUCAGAAACUGGCUCAGAUGGUUUCUCUUCUUACACAUCAUAUGAGGAUAACAAUUCAAACGAAGAUGAAAACUUGAAAGAAAAGGCGGACAUGGUGAAGAAACCACGUUGUUAUCCUCCUCCACUUCCUUCACUCUUUAGUCAUAGCCAACCACUUCAAAUGAUGCCCCGCCGUGACAAUGGAAGGUUGUCUUUGUUCCUACAAGUUGUGUCAAUUCCUUCACCUAAUAAAUUCUUCGCUAAGCGACAAAAUGGUCGCCUUAUCCUCACGUUUGCUACUAAUGAUGAAGAAGAAAUUGAUGAGGACUUUGAGGAAGAUAAGAGUGUGAUAGAGAAAACGCAAAUUUUGUCUAGUGAAAUUACAAAUGUUCAUAGUUUGGAAUUAACGUCGGUGAAUAAGACAAUUGGGUUAGUUAACAAGAGACCAAAACGUUCAAAGUUCAACCAAGUGUCCAAUUUUGAUGAUGGUAAUAUUGUGCAACAUGGUUCAAUAUUGCCUAUGAUCAAUGGUUAUGAAUAUUACUGGCGAAACAAGGCUACUGGAAAUGUUUUCUCUAGGAACAUGAACAUAUAUCAAGGUUCAAAUGAAGCAUCACAAGAUUUACCACACUUGUUUGUUUUGAGUGGGAAAAAUAAGGAUAAGUUGGUUCACGAUUUGAGGUUUUGCAAAGAUUAUAGAGCUACAAGGUCUUUUUUGUUAAGGGACCCUUGUUACAUUGCUACCUGACCACUCUUUUUUUUUUUUUUAAUUAUUCAUCCAUGUCAUGUUAUUUUAUCUCCUUAAAAGAAAAUGGAAAGGAAAGAGGAAAAUAUCAUAUUUGUAAAU